UCCAGGAUGGAAUAUAAGAACGUUUUUCUGGGUUUCCUUCUUUGCUGCAUGUUGUUUACAGCCGGCUAUUCUUACAUGAUAUUUGAGGAAAAGCAGAACUUGGACAACUAUGCAAUAAAUAAUAACAAAAUCAAGAUCCCGGAUCUCCCACCCAUCUCUAUAAUAGAUUUAACCAAAACGUCCCUGAAGCUAAGCAGGAAAGAGGCUGAGAAAAAGAAAUCUAUGAAGAGAAUGGGGCAACAGAAAAAACCUUCCAGACCCAAACCCUCUCCCCCUCUGAACUGUGUCGCUACUUGGGCAAGCUGCAAGCCACCAUCUCAUCCCUGCUGUGAUUUCUGUGCCUUCUGCCACUGCCGACUAUUUCAGACAGUCUGCUACUGCCGUAUGGGAAACCCAAACUGCUAG